CAAAGUUUGAGGCAACGCUUUUAAUAACACUUUUUUACUACCCCGAUAUUUGAUGUUAUUGUCGCUGCUAUAUUUUGUAAUUUGUUGUUUUUUUUCAGACAGUAACUAUUUAAAAAAAAAAAGUUCAUGUAUUUUUCAUAGUAAAAACUGCGCAGUUUGACGCACGGGUGAUGCUCGCGAACGACUCGCGCUGUCCGCGCGUUAUGGCGUCACGUUUGUAUUUACAGCACGGCGUCGUGAAGCGGCUCUUAACCUCCUGCAGUUCGUGAAAACGGAUUAACUGCGUUUAAUUUGAUGGCAACGUGUUGAUUUGCGUCGCUGAAUGUCUCGGGCUCAGACGAAGUCACAUAGGAAAAUUUGAAUGAAAUCCUCUUAAAGCUUUUCAAGCUGUGGAGAUGUCCGAGGCUUGCUCUGAGCCUGCAGGAGCCAUCCAGGCCAUCGACAAGCACUCAGUGCAUCAGAUCUGCUCGGGUCAGGUGGUGCUGAGUCUGGCCACUGCUGUCAAAGAGCUGGUGGAGAACGGCGUCGAUGCAGGAGCCACCAACAUUGAUGUGAAGCUGAAGGAGUGCGGAGUCGAACUGGUGGAAGUGUCCGACAACGGAAAAGGAGUAGAGGAGGCCAACUUUGAAGCACUGACACUGAAGCAUCACACGUCAAAGCUCAGGGAUUUCUCUGAUCUCAUCCGUGUGGAAACGUUUGGCUUCAGAGGUGAAGCCCUCAGCUCCCUCUGUGCUCUGAGUGACCUGAGUGUGGUGACAUGCCAUGAGUCCAACCAGGUGGGGACCAAGCUUGUGUUUGACCACAAAGGUCACGUGGUGCAGCGGACACCCCAUCCCCGUCAGCAAGGCACCACAGUCAGCCUGCAGCAGCUCUUCUACACCCUGCCCGUUCGACACAAAGAGUUCCAGCGCAACAUAAAGAAGGAGUACACCAAAAUGAUACAUGUCCUGCAGUCGUACUGCAUCAUCUCUACAGGAGUGCGUAUUACCUGUUCCAACCAAAAUGAGAAGGGAAAGCGCAGCACAGUGCUCAGCACCAGUGGUAGCCAGAGUAUGAGAGACAAUAUUGGAGCCAUAUUUGGACCAAAACAGCUACAGAGUCUUCUGCCUUUUCAACAAGUAUCCCCCACAGAAAAUAUUAUUGAAGAAUAUGGCCUGAAGGAGGCAGAUCUUCCCAAACAGCUUUUCACCAUCACAGGGUUUGUGUCACAUGGGGAACAUGGUGUUGGGAGAAGUGCCACUGACAGACAGUUCUUUUUCAUUAACAACCGGCCAUGUGAUCCCCUCAAGGUGACCAAAGUUGUGAAUGAAGUGUAUCACAUGUAUAACAGACACCAGUAUCCAUUUGUUGCCUUGAACAUAGCUGUUGCCUCAGAGUGUGUGGAUGUGAACGUAACCCCAGACAAGCGACAGAUUUUACUUCAGGAGGAGAAGCUCUUGCUGGCUAUUCUGAAGACCUCUCUCAUCAGCAUGUUUGAGGCUGGAGUCAACAAAAUCAGCCUGAACUAUACACGGAUGCCCAACACCACUGCAACAUCUGACCUAUGUCAGGUUGUCUCAUCUAAUGAGAACAUGCCACAACGUGGAGAAGCCGUGGAACCAGUGACACAGAGCCCAAAGUUAGCUUUGAACCUGGCCAGCCUAAAAGCUGCUUUUUCAAGCCACCACAAAUGCGCCACAUCUGGGAGCAAAUCAAACCUGUCAAAAGCUGCCAGCAGUAGCCCAACACAGAAAACACUGCAGUCUUUUUUAAAUUGUUCUGUAAAAGCUCCUGCUUCCAACUCAAGUGCUAAAUCUCCUUUGAAACCUGAAAAAGAUCUGGCUGAAUGCUCCCCAGUGGGGCAAUCUGCGCUAGAUGGAUUCAGAUACAGAAGGAUGUCGUGUGGUGAUACAGAGCAUGGAAAAGAUGAUGCUGCUUCCAGUAUUGUUUCCACCACAGUUGCUCCAGAUAGUCAGAGUUCUGGCCUGGAGGCCGGUUCUCCUGAACUGGUGAUUGACAGACCCAGUGUAAAAGAAGAAGAAUUAGAAGAAACAUCAGACAACAGUCAUGCUGUUCCUGAAGACCCAGAGUUACAAACUGGGCCAUGCACUUCAAAUGAGGACGGUACUGUGAGCCCGGAUGCCAAGAGGGCCAGGAAAGAGAGUGCACAUUUCCCCACAGAACUCAAACCCAACCUCGACCAAAACUGUUCUGUGGGAUCAUCUACCACGACUGUGGAUGCUCCAGUUUGCUUACAGAGGAGGAGGGUGCCUCUCCAGUUCUCUUUACAAGAGCUUGAAGGGAAGAUUAGAAGGAUAAAGGACCGGCGGAAGCAAAAGGCAGAUGAGGAGCUGCUCUACCGACGCUUCAGGGCCAAGAUCAACCCCGGAGAAAACCAAAGUGCAGAGGAAGAGCUGAAGAAGGAGAUCAGCAAAGACAUGUUCAAGGAGAUGGAGAUCAUUGGUCAGUUCAACCUGGGCUUCAUUAUCACAAAGCUCAACUCGGACAUCUUCAUGAUUGACCAACACGCCACAGAUGAGAAAUACAACUUUGAGAUGCUGCAGCAGCACACUGUGCUCCAAGGACAGAAACUCAUAGUCCCUCAGAAACUUCACCUCACUGCCGUCAGUGAGAACAUACUCUUGGAGAACAUUGAGAUUUUCCGAAAGAAUGGCUUUGAAUUUCUGGUUGAGGAGGAUGCUCAGGUGAUGGAGAGGGUUAAGCUGGUGUCUCUGCCUACCAGCAAGAACUGGACAUUCGGUCCAGGCGAUAUCGAGGAGCUGAUCUUCAUGUUGAGUGACAGCCCGGGGGUCAUGUGCCGACCAUCCAGAGUCAGACAGAUGUUUGCCUCCAGGUCUUGUCGGAAAUCUGUCAUGAUUGGCACUGCUCUGAGUGUCAGCGAGAUGAAGAAGCUGGUGGUUCACAUGGGGGAAAUCGAGCAUCCCUGGAACUGUCCUCACGGCAGGCCCACCAUGAGACACCUUGCCAACCUGGACAUCAUCUCACCAGACUGACUGUGACAAGGAGGGACCACACAGGAGAACAUUACUCUACGCUGGGCUGUUGUUUUGUUUUAGGUUAUCCCUGUUCAACAUCACCCUUGCUGAUGCAACAAUACGCUGAAGACAUGAGUCUUAACUAUAGACAUUGUACAUUUGUGUGGUUGAGAUGCUUGUUAUUGACACAUUGUCUGGAUAUAAGUUUUUGUUUUUAUAUUUUUUGCAUUUUGCAUCUUAAAAAUAAUAGUUUUUUUUAUGCCUGAGAUGAAUAAAAUAAGAUAUAUUCUU